AUGGGUUUAGCAAGAUCAGCCCUAACCAGGGCUCUUCGUUUUCAAGUUCAAAACCAACAUAAAAUAGAUAAAGCUCUUGAGGGUAAACCAACACCUGCACCAAAACAUGAAACUACCAAACAAUUGCUGGAUAUUGCAAAAAUUGAAAAUCAGGAAAAAUUCGAACAACAUAACAGAAAAAACAAUGAUUAUCUUGGCCUUUUGAAAAAUAUUCGAGUCAAUUCAUUGGAUAUACCUGAUCAGAAUGUUAUUCCCAACGAGAAAACACUUUCAGUAAGAAGUGGCUCCUUGACAUCUGAGCAGUUGAAAGUAUUGUUUGAACAAAGGAUGGCAGACCCACAAACAUGGGACAGUGAAAAAAUUUCAAGCCAUUACAACUUACCUCUGGACACUGUUGAAAACUUGUUGAAAUAUUUUAGUGACUUUCAUAUUCAAGAAGGACCCAAAAUUCCCGAACCUCUGGCAGAAAUAACGUAUUAACUAGUCGCUAAUUAUGUUAAAUAAGUGAUAAUAAAUAUAAUUACAUGUUUGUAGACGUA